UGACUUUCACUUCAGUGUGGCUCCGUGGCUCAGUGACGAGGCGGCAGACUGCGAGUCACAGACUGUGGACGUGAGUGUGAACUGUCUCUGGAAAAUGGAGGAGAAAGAAGAGAAACCAGCUGAAAAAGGUCGUGGUCCCAGUGGAGUCUCUCUGAGCAGUAACUUCUCCAAAGGUUUGGUCAUCGACUUUAAAAAAGACCAAAGUGGAUCCUCUAAACAACUCAGGACUAAAACAGGUCCUGGUCCCAGUGGAGUCUCUCUGAGCAGUAACUUCUCCAAAGGUUUGGUCAUCGACUUUAAAAAAGACCAAAGUGGAUCCUCUGAACAACUCAGGACUAAAACAGGUCCUGGUCCCAGUGGAGUCUCUCUGAGCAGUAACUUCUCCAAAGGUUUGGUCAUCGACUUUAAAAAAGACCAGAGUGGAUCCUCUGAACAACUCAGAGACGAGGAUCUGAGUCAGGAGCCUCAGGCGGAACUGGACUCCAUCUUCCAGGUUCUGGAGGAGCAGGUCCUGAGGUUUGUCCAACAGCAGCUGCAGAGGCUCCACAGGCUCCUGGCCUCAGAUUACCCAGAAUGCUCCGAGAGUGAGGAGGAGGAGAGCAGAGAGGUUCUGAACAUCACCCUGGACUUCCUGAAGAGGAUGGACCAGGAACAUCUGGCCCAGCGCCUGAGAGACAGGAGUAAAGUUGGAUUCAGAGAUAAACUGAAGUGUGAUCUGCAGCAGAGGUUCAGUCGUGUGUUUGAGGGCGUGGCUAAAGCAGGAGACUCCGCCCCCCUGACCCAGAUCUACACAGAGCUCUACAUCACAGAGGGCGGAGCCUCAGAGGUCAACCAGGAACAUGAGGUCAGACACGUGGAGACGGCGUCCAGGAGACCGGCCGCUCCAGAGACCAUCACAUGUGAAGAGCUCUUUAAACCCCGCCCACAUUCACCACAGCCAAUCAGAUUAGUGCUGACGAAGGGCGUGGCCGGCGUGGGGAAAACAGUGCUGACUCAGAAGUUCGGUCUGGACUGGGCUGAAGGCCGGGCCCACCAGGACCUCCAGCUGCUGUUCCCCUUCACUUUCAGAGAUCUGAACGUGCUCAGAGACACACAGUUCAGCCUGGUGGAGCUGCUGCACCACUUCUUCAGUCCAUCCAAAGAUCUCUGCAGCUUCCAACAGCUCCAGGUGCUCUUCAUCUUUGACGGUCUGGACGAGUGCAGACUUCCUCUGGACUUCGGCCGAACCCGGGUCCUGAGCGACCCCACAGAGUCCGCCUCAGUGCACGUGCUGCUGGUGAACCUCAUCAGGGGGAGCCUGCUUCCCUCCGCUCUCCUCUGGAUAACCACGCGCCCCGCCGCGGCCAAUCAGAUCCCUGCUGAGUGCGUCUCCAUGGUGACAGAGGUGCGAGGGUUCGCCGACCCGCAGAAGGAGCAGUACUUCAGGAAGAGGUUCAGAGACCAGGCCACGGUCGUCAUCUCCCACAUCAAGAGCGUCCGCAGCCUCCACAUCAUGAGCCACAUCCCGAUCUUCUGCUGGAUCCUCUCCACAGUUCUACGGAAGCUUCUGGAACAAACAGAACCAGAGCUGCCCCGGACUCUCACACAGAUGUACGUCCACUUCCUGGUGGUGCAGGCCAAAGUCCAGAACAUCAAGUAUCAGCAGGGAUCAGGGGAGGACCUUCACUGGACUCCAGAGACCAGGGAGAUGGUGAAGUCUCUGGGAAAAGUGGCCUUUGAGCAGCUGCAGAAAGGAAACCUGAUCUUCUACGAGAGUGACCUGAGCGAGUGUGGGCUGGACGCUGCAGCGGCCUCAGUGUACUCCGGAGUGUUCACACAGGUCUUUAGAGAGGAGCCAGGCCUGUACCAGGACAAGGUCUACUGCUUCAUCCAUCUGAGUGUGCAGGAGUUUCUGGCUGCUCUUCACGUCCAUCAGACCUUCUACAGCUCUGGAGAGAACCUGCUGGAGACACCACACUCCUCUGAGAGUCCAGACCCUGAGGCCUUCUACCGCUCUGCUGUGGACCAGGCCUUACAGAGUCCAAACGGACACCUGGACCUGUUCCUGCGCUUCCUCCUGGGGCUGUCUCUGCCGACCAAUCAGAGGCUGCUACAGGGUCUGCUGACUCACACAGGAAGUGACCCGACCAAUCAGGAGACAGUAAAGUUCAUCAAACAGAAGCUGGAUGAAGAGGGUGUGUCUGCAGAGAGAAGUCUGAACCUGUUCCACUGUCUGAACGAACUCAACGACCAAAGUCUGGUGCAGGAGAUACAGAAGAACAUGAGGAGAUACCUCUCUGAUGGAACCAUGUCUCCUGCUCAGUGGUCUGCUCUGUCCUUCAUCUUACUGUCCUCAGACUCAGACCUGGAGGAGUUUGACCUGAGGAAAUACCAGGCCUCAGAGAACGCUCUCCUGGGUCUGCUGCCGGUGGUCAGAGCCUCCACCAAAGCCCUGUGAGUCCAGACUGUAUUU